AUGGAGGCGGGCGCCGGGGCCGGCGCGGGAGCCGCGGGCUGGAGCUGCCCCGGCCCAGGACCCACAGUAACCACUUUAGGCUCCUUUGAAGUGUCUGAAGCUUGUGACCGGAAGAAAGGCCAACGCUGGGGGUCCCUGGAGCGGCGAGGGAUGCAGGCCAUGGAGGGAGAGGUCUUGCUGCCGGCACUGUAUGAAGAAGAGGAAGAGGAGGAGGAGGAGGAGGAGGAAGAGACUGACCAAGUGCAGAAGGGCAGCAGCGGAGGCUCCCUGUCCCUCAGCAAGCACCGGGGCCUGAGCCUCACCGAGACUGAGCUGGAUGAGCUGAGGGCGCAGGUGCUGCAGCUGGUGGCUGAGCUGGAGGAGACCCGGGAGCUGGCUGGGCAACAUGAGGACGACUCCCUGGAGCUGCAGGGGCUCCUGGAGGAUGAGCGGCUGGCCAGCGCCCAGCAGGCAGAGGCCUUCACCAAGCAGAUCCAGCAGCUGCAAGGCGAGUUGCGACAUCUGCGGGAGGAGAUUUCCCUGUUAGAGCGAGAGAAAGAAAGUGAGCUUAAGGCAAUAGAACGGGAAUUACAUCUGGCCCAGGCUGAGAUCCAUAACCUACGACAGGCAGCAGCAGAUUCAGCGAGCGAGCAUGAAAGUGACAUGGCGUCGCUGCAGGAGGACCUCUGCCGGAUGCAGAAUGAACUUGAUGACAUGGAGCGCAUCCGGGGAGACUACGAGCUGGAGAUCGCCACCCUCCGCGCCGAAAUGGAGAUGAAGGGCUCUGACCCUUCCAACAGCUUAAGUCUUUCUGACUUUUCUGGGCUGCAAGAAGAACUGCAGCAGUUGCAGGAACGCUACCACUUCCUGAACGAGGAGUACCGGGCCCUGCAGGAGAGCAACAGCAGCCUCACAGGGCAGCUUGCGGAACUCGAGAGCGAGAGGACACGAAGAGCAACCGAGAGGUGGCUGGAGUCCCAACCGCUGAAGACCAUGAUGUCAACAGAAUCCCAGACUUUCGAAGUAGACUUCCCAGAGCCGGAUCCUGAACUACAGUUGUUGCGGCAGCAGCUCCUGGGUGCUGAGGAGCAGGUGUAUGGAAUGAAGAACAAGUGUAAGGAACUGAGUACUGAGCUGCUGCAGCUGCAGCAUCACCGCCGGGUCGGGGAAGAGGAGCAGAGGCGGCUGCAGCGGGAGCUCAAGUGUGCACAGAAUGAGGUGCUCCGCUUCCAGACCUCUCACAGCUUUGUCCAGAACGAGGAGCUCAAGACCAGGUUGUGUGCCCUGCAGCAAAAGUAUGAUGCCAGCCAGGACGAGCAGAAGGAGCUCCUGAAAGUGCAGCUGCAGCUUCAGAGUGAACUCCGGCAGCUCAAGGUUGCAACACCUACAGUUAUGGAGAGCCAGGCCGAGAAGGAGUGGGCGUGCCGGGUCCAGAAGCUGCAGCUGCAGUAUCAGAACAGCACCAAGGAGAAGGAGAAGCUCCUGCAAGCGCAGCAGCAGCUGCAGGAGGAGCUGCGGUGCCACGAGGCAGAGCUGCAGCGCUUCAAGAACAUGGUGGACUGCUUCCGGGAGAGCGAGCAAAAGAACGCAGAGACUCAAGCCCAGCUUCAUGAGGUCAAGCGGCUGUACCAGGAAAGCAAGGACGAGCUGGAGCGGCAGAAGCACAUCUAUGACCAGCUGGAGCAGGACUACCUGCUCUGCCAGCUGGAGCUGAACGAACUCAAGAGCACCCAGCCACUCCCCGCGGACCACGGCCCCUGUGCCAACAAGUGUGAUGCGCUGCUGUCCAGACUGACAGAAUUGCAGGAGAAGUUCAAGGCCAGCCAGAAGGAGCUGGGCCAGCUGCAGAUGGAGCAGUGUGAGCUCCUGGAGGAUCAGAAGAGGUUGCAGGAGGAGCAGGGCCAGCUGCAGGAGGAGCUGCACAAGCUCAUGUUCCCGCUGCCCAAAAGCGGCCUCCUCCAGAAGAGUCAGGAUAUACUCACAAAGUUGCAGGACCUUUGCGAACUGCAGAUGCUCUACCAAGGCAUGCAGAAUGCGCAGAAAAAACUGAUCCAGAGCCAAGAAGGCAUACUGAAAGAGCAGUUAGAGACGCACAAAGCACUGCGACAGUUCACGGAGAAUCCUGAUGACCCCAAAUGGUCUGAAUCCUCAAAAUGUGAAAACAACCGGCAGUCCCAGUUACUCAGGGACGCGCUGCAGGCGCUGCAGGCGAUGUACAGCGACAGCCUGGCAGAGCAGGUGCUCCUGCAGCAGGAGCACGGGAGGCUCCUGGAGGAGCGCAAGAGGCUGCAGGCCGACCUGCAGUUCUGCCUGGAAGAGAUGCAGCUACUCCAAGACCAGUCCCCGGCUGCCAAGGCAAGCCUGGAGUCUUACAAGAAGAGCCAUGGCAGCGUGGCUCCCAGCAGCGAGAACUUCCACAAGAGCUAUGACAGCGUGGAGGCCAGCAGCGAGAACUUCCUCAAGAGCCAUGACAGCAGCACCAGCGAGGGCUACGGGAAGAGUUACCGCUCCAGCAGCAGCAGCAGCAACAGCUCUUACAAGAAGAGUUACGGUAGCAACAACAGCUCUGACACCUACCACAAGAGCUACGCCAGCAGCAGCACCACCAGUGAGGACCUGGCUGAGUCUGAAGACAUGGAGCACUUUGAGGAGUCGGUAGCCAAGGUGCUGACCAAGCUGCAGGCCGUGCAGGCCCUGGGCCAGAUAAGCGAGGAGGAGCACUGCCAGCUGCAAGAGCAGAUGAACAAGCUGCUGGAACAGCAGAGAAUACUUCGGGAAGAACUGGAUGCCUGCGAAAAGGAGUUCCAGGAGUGCAUGGAGGGCCUGGAAAAGCCCUCGGCCUCCCAGAGUGACAAGAAUGAGAUCAAAGAACUGCAGACCAAGCUGCGGGAGCUGCAGCUGCAGUACCAGGCUAGCAUGGAUGAGCAGGGGCGGCUGCUGGCCGUGCAGGAGCAGCUGGAGGGGCAGCUGCAGUGCUGCCAGGAAGAGCUGGGCAGGCUCCAAGAGAAGAAGCCCACCGUGCCCAAGGAGAGCAAGGGAAAGAGCAGCAACAAGAAUGUGAACAAAAACGCCAGUGGGGUUAAGACUAAAAAGGUGCCCAAGGCGUGCUCGGACAGCUCUGAGGACAACCUUGAGACCAGAAAGAGUCUGGAGGUGGUGCUAUACUACAAGGUCAGCCAGUCGGAGUUAGAGAAGCUAGCAAAAGAAGAAGAAGAGAAGGAGGAGGAGGAUAAAAAGAGAGAACUGGAAGGGAAAGCGAAAAAGGAAUGCCAAGACAAGCAAGCUACUGAGCCAGCGGAUCUUAAGAUUAAACCAACCGAGGAGGAGGAGGAGUACGAAGAAUACAAAGAAGAGGAAGACAAGCAAGAAGAUGACGAAGAUGAGGAAAGCAGCGACUCUCGCCCUGAGACAUCCGAGGAAGACAACCCGCUCAGACUUUCUGAGAGUAAAAAGAACAUGUUUGGGAUGUGGAAGCCCAUGGUGUUCUUGGCUAUUGCGGCCGCGGCUCUGUAUGUGUUACCCAGCAUGAGACCGCAGGAGACAGAGCUCUGCCUCAUGGAGUGAUGGCACACCUGGGCCCGUGGACCAGGCAGACCUCCAGCAGCAGCAGCAGCAGCCACGUUCGCCUUUGGGCAGGAUGCACUGUGCCAGAGCCCCUCCCGCAGCUGUGUGUCCCAUGUGUGCCCCCCUCCUUAGCCUCAGUCACUCAGGCUUAUGGGAGCUCCUGGCUCCCACCUCCUGCCUUGUCUAAGAACCUGGGUUCCUUGUAAUUAAACAUCAACCAGA